AUGAAUAGGGGAAGGUUGAGUUCAAAGAGGCCUACUGGCCGAAGUAAUUCAAGGAAUCCCCAACAGAAGUCUUGGGUGGCUGUGGCCCAAACGGUUGCAAAGGGCUAUGACUCGGUUUAUACACCACCUACUUUAGUGAACAAUAAGCCUGUCAUCGAAAUCACAGAUCAGGACUUAAAAGCUGUUGAUCCAAAGAUGCAUCAGUGCCUUAUGGGUCAUUUUAUUGGCCAUAGGUUACCGUUUAGAGUUGUGGAAGAAGCUCUUAAGAAGCUAUGGGGGCCGAACUUGUUCGAAGUUAUGUCGAACAGCAAGGGACUGUUUAUGUUUCACAUUUCGAACAGAGACUUUCGCAGGAAUGUCCUCAAAGGUGGCCGUGUCACGGUUGCUAAUGUUCCCCUCAUCCUCCAGCAGUGGACUCCGGGUCUUGAGUUGAGGAAGGAAAACCAUCCCACAGUGCCUGUAUGGAUUCGACUGUCCAAUUUACCUUUCUCCUGUUGGUCAGCUCAAUUCAUAGGAAAGGUUGCAAGUGCGGUUGGUAAACCUGUUUAUGUUGAUCAGCGAACUGAACAACUUAAGAGCCUUUCUUUCGCUCGAGUUUGUGUUGAAAUUGCAGCGAAUCAGACCUUCGAUGAGGUGAUAGAGACAACUUACAACGGUGAAAAAUGUGAGAUAGGAGUUGAGUUUGAAUGGAAACCUUCGGCUUGCGCUAUUUGUGAGGGGAGUUCACAACAGAUCAAUGAGGACCCGAGGUCUUUAGUGGUUGCUGCAUAUGACCCGUCUGUGGAGGGCAGUAGCUGCGUUUGGUUCAGCAUUUCCAAGGGGCUUUCAGGCCUGAAAGGCCCUUGGGGAAAUGCUGGACUAUCUCAUGAAGCUGAAAGCCUACAGGCUGAUCCUGAUUCUAUGUUACCUCUUGUCUCUGAUCCUGGAGAGGUCGGCUGGAAACAGGAAGAUGAGAUUUGUGAUUUCUCCCCUAGAGAAGAUGCAACUGCGGACAAGUCUGUUAAAGCUCCCUCGGCUCUUGCGAAGGGAUCCAUCCAAGAGCAGCUAUUACAGAUUCGCCAUGAUCCCCCUGACUUGUUGCAACCGGAGACUUCAAAGGCGACUAAGUCAAGUCGCAAAGCCUACAAGCGGAGAGGAAUCAUGGACACUGUGCGAAGGGCCGAAGUUAGGAAGCUUGUUGCUGUAAAUAAGUUGAGCCUUAUAGGCCUUUUUGAGACGAAAGUCCCGGAACAGCUGUUUGAUUCUAUUUCAUCCUCUAUUCUAAGAGGAUGGCGUUGGAUUGCUAAUUAUGACUAUGCUCCUAGAGGCAGAAUCUGGAUUGGAAGGAACCCAUAUUACGUUGAUUUUGAUGUGAUUUCCCUUAAUGACCAAGCCAUCCAUGGUCGUUUAAAUAUGAGUUCGUCCAACUUCACUUGCUGCGUUUCUGCGAUAAAUGGUGAGCACACCUUUGUGCAUCAGAGGCCUCUUUGGGAUGAUCUUAUCUUUUGUGAUGAGCUCUUUCAAGAUUAUGCUUGGUUAGUUUCGGGAGACUUUAAUGCAAUCAAAGAUCCUUCUGACCGCUUUGGUGGCUCUAAUGCUUGGAUCCCCUAUUUUGAUGAGUUCAAACUUUGUCUGGAUCAAACGGAACUUGAAGAUCUCAAGUACUCAGGCCUCAGAUUCACAUGGUCAACUUCGGCGGGAGAAGCCAGGAAGAUGCGAAAGAUUGACAGAGUUCUUGUGAACUCUAAGUGGAGGAUGGACUUUUCUUAUUCGGAGGCGUCCUUUCUCAACCCUGGAAUUUCAUAUCACACCCCUAUGGUUGUUAGGGUUGUUGAUCCGCAGCCAAGGAGAAAGCCUUUUAAGUUUUUCGAUUUCUGGGCUGAUCAUCCGGAUUUUCGAUCUACAAUCUCUCAUGCAUGGAAUAGUCAGAGAACCCUUCAAGCGAGGGAAAACUUGCGUUCUACUGAGAUGCUCCUUCAGUCGGAUCCUGAAGAUAUCUCGCUUGCUGAACUUGAAAGAGUUUUCCUAUCCUUCUUCAUGGAUCUCCUUGCCCCUCGGGUCAAUGUGGCUAAACCAGAUCUUCAAGAGUUGACUUCUCUUAUUCCGAGGCCAUUGACGGAGGGCCAGGUUCUUGAGCACCUUAUGUCUGAUUCCGACGUUCCUGCUAGGGCGACUGUGGCGUUUCUCUAUUCGUACACUGGCGAGUCGUGCAAACAAAUGGUCCGGAGGAUCUUGGGUUUUCUUUUCCAUCUCUCUCAGCUGGCAAUGAUCGCUUUGUGUGGCAUCAACAUGCUUCAGCUUCAUGGGCGUCCUUGGAGGUUUAUGGUUGAAGGUGGUGGAUGGGUAGUUCUACAUGUCUUGCCUUGUGCUCUCCCCCUCGACUUCCCUGGCGUCCUUGGAGGUUACGUGGCCAAAGUUGUUGGCUGGGCAGUGUUUGUUUAG